CCCUCCUAAAACACAGUAGAAGAGCGGCUGGAGAGAAGACUUGUUCCUUAUUUGCAGACUUUUAAAAUAAUCGCACACACCGCUUACAAAAGAUAAAGCGAGCGCAUCUCGUGUCGACUACUACUCUUGGGAUUGGAAAUGGCAGAAGAGCAUCAGCAAUCCCUGUUACAGAGCCAGGUGUCUAUACCUGGAGAAGAGACCUCCCUGACAACGCCGACCAGGCAAUCUUCUAGACGUGGUUGGAUGACUGGCUUCUUUGCUCUCCUUGCUAUUGGACUGAUCGCUGGCCAGGCUGUUACCGUCUACUUUGUCUUCACUCAGAAGGACCAAAUUAAAACUCUGCAAGACCACACUGACAUCUUGAAAGGCCAGUUGAGGCAGCAGCAGAAACAAGGCUCCGUUGUUCCCAGGAUGAUGCACAUGCCAAUGAUGAGCUUGCCUCUGCUAAUGGACGACACUGACGUCAAGCCAAAGAACACUCCUGCGAAACGCCUUGAAGACACAGCCACGGUGAGCAUUGAGAAGCAGGUGAAGGACCUUCUGAAGCAAGACAACUUUCCAAACUUCAACAGCACCUUCCUAGAAAACCUCAACCUCAUGAAGAAACAGAUGAAUGAAACUGAUUGGGAGGGAUUUCAGUCUUGGAUGGGCAACUGGCUCCUGUUCCAGAGUGCUCAGAAGACUCCACCAAAGCCCACCACCCCUCCACAGCAGGAGAUCCCAGCCUCACAGGUGCAGACUAAAUGCCAACUGCAAUCCGGUGAGCAGCCCCGUCGUCUCGGUGUCUACCGCCCUCAGUGUGACUCACAGGGUAACUUCAAUCCCAAGCAGUGCUGGUCUGCCACUGGCUACUGCUGGUGUGUGGACAGUAAUGGCGACGAGAUCGCUGGAACUCGAACCCGGGAUCCUCUGAACUGCAACGGUCAAUCACAGUAUGCACUAAGAGGAGCCCGCAUGAUGGCCAUGCCCAGUCUGGCAAAGACUGUGCUGAUUCCAGAUAACUAAAGAAGAUAUAAUUGGAGGAAAUCCACAGCCUUCUAAUAUCAGCUUCUAAUUUACUUGACUUUUAGGCCACGCAAUACUAAAGCAUUUUGAUUGCAGCUUUUAUCGUAAUAAUCAGCUUAAUAAUGAAGUUUUGAAGAGUUGCCAUUUUAACUGUUUCUUAUUAUUUUUUCAUAAAUGUGAAAUCUAAACGUGUAUCUGUAGUGAUUAUGAGUGUCUGCAUCACAGGGGCUCGGGGUAGGCUGGCAGAAGUAGGAUGGCAGAGUCAUAGAGCGGAGGGUGUAACUGGUAUGGGGGACCUCACUUAAUAGUUACAAGUGAGCAGUGAUGGAGGGAUUUGAGGAUCUCAAGCUAAAAACGGAACGGCGGACCUCUGAGACGAAUAAUCCUGAUGGCUUUGUGCCCGAUGGAUUGCCUAAUUAAGGACGAACAUUUCCUAGUAAGUAAAAAACACCGGACAUGGUGGUGAACACAAAGACCGAUGAUGAUUUUAUUCAAAUGGAUGAUGACUUGUACAUUUUAAUAAAGGUGAUUGUAUUAUUUAAAGACAGUAAAGAAAAUAUAUUUCCUAAUUUAGUGAUUAUGAAUGUCUCCAUCAUAAGGGUUAGGGGUGGACUGGCAGAAGUUAGAUGGCAAAGGCAUAGAGUGGAUAAUGUAACUGGUAUGUGGGACCCCAGUUAAUGAUUACAAAUGAGCAGAGAUGGAGUGAUGGAUUAAAAAAACAAAGAAAAAAAAAA